AUGCUACAAAAUCUCCGAGGAAUAGUUCACACCUCCCUCAGAACGGCGUUAUUGUUGAUACUCGGCUCAAUACUACUACAGAGGCUUUUAAACUUUUUGAUAGCAUGCUUUUUAAGGAUAUCUCAUGCUAGAUUUUCCAACAUUUCUUUCGGAUUGAUUGUUGGAACAACGGUACGAAAUGUUAAUAUAUCAAGUACAUUAUUUGACUUAAGAAUAGAAAAAGCAAGUUUUAAAAUAGGGUGGAAACCCUCAAUUGUCUUCUAUGGUGUUGAUAUAGUUCUCAAAAAGGGUGAAAAGUGUGAUAUAUCACCUGCUGAAGGCAAAUUAUCAAAUAGCAAGGAAAAGUACGGUCUGAAGGAUGGGAUUUUUUCAUUCACGGUUCAUAAAAGAGUACUUUCAUUCUUUAAAUGGGUACUUACCCUCAGCACACUUAUCAGAACUUCUAAAAUUACACUACCUAAUGGAUCAAGUAUUGAUAUCACGCUUUCUUCUUUAAGUAUUGCACGACAGUCCAAUGGAAGCAUAAUAAUCGACUUAUUCUUACACGAUAUUGCAAAUGUUAACUCUAACGAAUCUCUUACACAUAUAGGGUUUUCAAUAGUAUGUGACUUGGCCAAAGAAUUUAAUAGCCAGUCACAAUAUACAAAAAUUACCCUAAAAAAAUGGCAUUCCGUGCUGAAAAUUGGCGAUGCCCACAUGCAUAUCCCAGAGAACAUUUUACAGGAAUCAGAUGUAUCUAUAAAAUCAGAACGAACGCCCUUUGAUCACAAAAUUUUGAAAGGUCUCGUAAAAUCUGUUGAGCAUCCAUUGCGACAUUUGAAUAUUCUCGAUAUAAAAAUUGAAAACUUAACAUUAACUAACCAUAAAUUAACCAUCAAUCUCUCUAGCAUACAGAUAUACCUUGAAGCUGUGAAUGCUUUAAGCAACGGCACAACUUUUGAAAUGCUCCCGCCAGACAAAUCCAACUGGGGAACAUAUGAGCUUUCUUUAUCCGCCAAUGCUAUAACAGUGAUGGUAAAUGGCAUUUCAUCAUUUCGAAUUCCAUUAAUCAACAUUAUUUUGACUACUAAUAUAAUAGUGUAUUGCACUGAGAAUAUUUCUUGGAACAAAGUUACAAUGACACUAAGCGUCAGUAUUAUAAAUCCAUCCAUUUACUCAACUGUCGAUGAGAUUAUUAGGAUCAUAGUGUGGUUGAAGAAUUAUCGUGUAGAUCAACCAGCUCAUAAUUCAGAUUCUUCCUUACAAGAGGGCUCUUUUGGUAAGUUCUUCACUAAUUUAUAUCAGUUACCUAAUUUCAAUUUUGAGCUGUCACUCUCCAAUUUCGUAUCAACUUUCCAACUAUCAGAAAGUGAAAACCUUACUUUCAAGCUAUUCAGUACACAGGCUUACCUGGGAAGUAAAAACCAUGGCAUUUUGGAGCAUACCAAAAAUCUCCUGACUUCAGAAAAGAAGUGGCCUCAUCCUCGUAAUAUUCCUGCGAUUCAGCCACCAUAUAAUAACAUUAAAUUUGCUGGGGCAAAUUUUUCAUAUUUGAAAAUGACAGGGAAGAACGAUAUUGCCCCAGUUACUACGCCUAUUUGCGGACUUGAAAGCAUUGAUGUACUGUUCGAUGAAGCUUAUGAGUCAAAAAUUGACAUUCAUUGUACUGCGAGACACUUACAUGCCACCAUUGAAGAUAUAAUGGUCUUGAAAGCAAUAACCGGCGCAUACGAUAGAUUUCGUGAAGCUAUAAGUUCUUUAGAAAGUGCAAAAGCGGAUGGAAGCGAGGCUAAAUCUUUUGAUUCAAUCAAACCCUCCCAGUGGAGAUUAACUCUAAGGUUGAAGGAUGUCUCUUAUUCAUUGAUUCUGGCAGACAUUUUGCCGACAUCGCACGAUCCUAUAGAAACAAGUGGAUACAAUUUAGCAGGUAUUCACAGGGGCGUGAAGGUGCUAUUAGAAGAGUCAAUGCUGAUUAUUGAUAGUGAUACAAAAUCACUUGAAAUCUCAGACGGGAAGAUUUAUAGAAUAAUGGAUAAUGCGGCGAGACAGAGUACUUCCGAUUGUGUUUUAAAACUGGCACAAAUAACUAUGACUGUUGAAAAAUCUUCUGAGAUGUUGAUUUUGAUUCCAUCCAUCCAUACGAAAUUUGACGUGAAUCUAAUAUGGUUGUAUUUUUAUCUCUGUAGCAUAUGGAAUUUUUACAGGCCAAAGAGGCAAGCAAAACUAAAUAACAAGCAAAUAAGGAGAGAAUUUGAUUGUUUUGACACUAUAAAAUGUAAAAUUGAUAACUUUGUCAUUGAUGUCCAGCUUCCUGAGAACACUCCCUUGGUUUUACGAGCGGAGUAUGUUGAAUAUUCUUACCCUGAAGGACAGCUGUCAGUAUCAUCACUAUCUGGAUUGGUUGAAUCUAUAUAUGUGAGUGAAAAAACAGUGUACAUAGUCUUUUUACAAAUGAACGAAAUUAGAUUUGAUAUACUCGAAUUAUUGGAAGAGAAAAAAGUAAAGGUAAAAGCUUCUGUAAUUAAAUUUACUACAGAAUACCAGUUCAAAGUUUAUAUGAUUACGGAAAACAUAAUUACUAUGUAUAAGUCAUUCAAACAAUUGAACCUAGCAUUCAAAAAUCUGUCACAAUUUGACAGACUACAUCCAUCUGAAAUGCUGCCUAGAAAGCCUCCCCAUAUUAACUUAAUGGUUGAGAACUUCCUUAUAGACGUGGAGGAAGAUCCGUUUGAACAGGAGCUUGGUUUAAUUUUAAAGGUUGGAGUUUUAGAACAGAAGGAAAGGUUACAAAAACUCAAGGAGUUAGAAGAAAGGCAGAAAAGAGGAAAAUCUGACUCCCAGAAGUUCAUCCCAGGAAUCGGUUCCACAAAGUUUUUUGAGGAUACAAAGCUAGAAAAGCUGUAUCAAAACUUUUCCACUUCUUGGAUAACGAGAUACAGGAAGGCCAAGUUGACAUUUCAUGGCAUGCCUUAUCACGUGAAAAAGUAUAAAGAAUUCGAUAAUGAGUAUCUGGUCUUCAUGAGGGAAGAUACGAGUACUGUUGCUAAGCUGACAAUCAACGAUCUGGAUUUAAAUUUCUUUCCGCCAUCAUUUUCUCUACAACAAUAUUCCGACUUUCUUUUCGAGUAUGGUAAAGGUGUACCAAAAGAUAGACGGUACACUUUGCUAAUACCGCUUGGCAUCGAUUUUAAAACAGGAUUAUGGGAACUGUGCUUGAGAGACUAUCCUAUUCCUGUUGUUUCCUUUCCAAUGACUUCCACUCAAGGUGACGUUGUUUUUGCUGAAAAAAUGCCAAAUGAUUUGGCUCUUUACACUACCUAUGUGCCAUUUGUCCCUUCAACAGAUAAUGAGGAAUAUAGGAAACAAAACUCAAUUUAUGGUUCUCAUAUAAUCCGAACAAUGAAUUCCGUGAAGAUUUACAUUAAUAUACAAUCUUCAGUAAGUGCAACAACACCUGUUAACAUUACUUGGGGUAAAUCCCUACAGCCAGCAUUUGAAUCACUGAUGCUUUGGUUUGAUUUUUUAACUAAACCAAAAUUAGAUCCCUCCAAAAAACUUGGUUUUUGGGAUAAGAUUAGAAAUUUAAUACACGGUCAAUGGUCAUACUUAUUUUCUGAUAACAGUCAACUUCACUUGAAUAUUAAGGGUGCUCACGAUCCAUAUAAGAUCUCUAAUGACGGUGCAGGCAUGACGUUCUGUUGGACAGGAAAUACAAAACUUAUUAUUAAUGGAGCUUCAAAUCCGGAGGAAUUUUUGAAGAUAGAAUCAAAGAAAUUUGAACUAGCUAUUCGUGAUUUUCUUGUACCAAGUAAAUUUGACAAGGUAUUCAUGACUUUAGAAGGGAAUGUAGUAUGGAAAUUAGGCAUUCUAUUUGAAGCAGGUGAUAUUGAUAAGGCCGGAGAGACACCUCGUUAUAUUCCCUCGAGGCCACACCAUGAUAUCCGUUUAGUAAAUCCAGAAUUUGUGGCAGAACCCCAAGAACAUGACUCUUUUUCAGGCUUUCGGAGUAAUUUCAUCCAUAUGUCAUUCAGUGUUUAUUCCUAUGAGAAGGGUGCUUCAAAUAGUCUAUAUCUUGCGCCCCAAGCUAUCAGCCAUUUUCUAGUAUGGUGGAAUCUAUUUAAUACUUACACUUCGGGGCCUAUUAGACAAGGACCACUGUUUCCAGAACUAAUACAGAAUAAUACCAAAUUUGGUAGGGCAUUAUUUACCAUCAAGUAUCAAUUGCAUGUCGAACCACUCACCAUAGCACAUAUUUAUCGCCAUUUAACCACCCAAUAUCUUAUAGAAGAAAAUUCAGAGCAAGCGUUUACUGGCCUGAAGGGACGGUUUGGCUCGUUAAAAAUGGAUUUACAUCAGAAGAAGAUCAAAUUAAUGCAUACAAAUGAGAAGCUUAAUCGCUCAAAACCAGUUUGGAAAUUUAGAAUGUCAACCGGUGAAAUUGAUUGUACCGAUGCAGAUGUCAGAAUAAUAUCCACAACAUUUGAUAAUGAUCGUGUCAAGAAGCUUCUUGCUAAUAAUACAGAAAGAAGUAUUCCAAGUUCUCGAAAUGGCUCAUUCUUAGAUAUAGAAGACCUGAAAGAAUCAGAUUGGUAUGCAUAUAAUGAUUAUUUGGAUCUUGAUGAGUUCAAGUUAAUUAAUUCAAUUCCUCUGAAAUUUGAAGCAAUUCCAUUGCUUUAUUCUCCAAAAAUAUCAUACUUUAGAAAUCUUAAUGAUGAGGGUUAUCCCCUUUUAUACCCAUUUGGGGAUGAGGAGUCUCAUUCCUGCUUCAUCGGCAACACUCACCCAGAAAAGUUACAGAAAUCAUUAGCAAAAGGAAGAAAACAUGAGCUUGAGCGACAAAGAUCAAUCAUUGAAAACAGGUUGAAAGGAGCGUUAAAAGAACCUGCUAUAACGCAAAAGCAAAAAUCUCGUAUAUAUGAUUUGAAAAAAGAGCAACGUGAAUUAGGACAACGGCAUAGUAUUGUUUGCGAUUUUUUGAAUGAUUUACAUGUAUCAGGUACGAUGUCUAAAACAUCAGUGUCAUCCGCAUCGGAACAAGAUGGUAUAUCUGUUUCUGGCUCUAGUUUUCAAUCAAAAAAUCAAUUGGCUGAAAAAUUACAUGCAGUCGAGUCGUUUUUGUCAAUGAGACGGACAUCCAAUGUAAGGAUCAACUCUACUUAUGAUAAUAGAUUCAUGAUUCACAAUAUUAAUCUGAAAAUCGAUAAAAAGAUUAGAGAUCAUUUGAUUUCUUACGCCUCAAGCAUAUCUGAAAGAAGAACUAUUAAGUAUGCCUUGAGCUACAAAUCUGUGAGGGUGUUAAAGGACUUAUUGGGGACAAUGAUACGGAAUACCACUUCAAGAGUGGAUCAUUUUGAGUAUAGUGAAGACGGAGACUAUCCCUCUAACAAAGAGUUUAUUGAACGUUUCGGAGAUAUCAUAAAGGAAGUUACCGAUGAGAAUUUUGGUGCAGUCGAUAGUUAUCUUUUCAGAUUGAUAUCACCCCAAAUUCAACUAAGAUCGGACUUAAUGCCAAACACGGCUUUACUUAUUUCUGCCAGAGAUAUAGAGGUUGGCAUCAUUGAUAUCAUACAAACAUUAAAUAAAUCUGGUAAGAGAAUCCCAUUCGACAUAGAUAAGAUCGUUGAAACAAGGUAUGGUGCCAUUACAAAUGAUCUUCAGUUAUUCACUCUUUUCAAGGAGGAUUUAGUGAAAUCGUGGACCCGAUUUUUUUCGAAGAAUGGUUAUGGUAUGGACAAGAAUUCAGAAUACUGGCCUCCUUGGAUUCCAUUAGAAAUAUGUCUUGAUGGCUCCAUUCUUGAGAAGCAUGUGUGUUUGAAAAGAAGAUCUAUGUUUCUACUUUAUACCUCUCCAAAUCCUCUCUAUUUCAACGAAAAUGAUGGUAUUUCCCUUUCUACUGAUUCCAAAUGCAGAAUUGGCUUUCCUGGUAUGGUCAUAACAUCUAAUUCUGCGCAAUAUCUUUCUGCUUAUACUGUAAUGGAAGAUUUACUUUCAUUUGAGAAUACAAUUGAUGAUAAGGUCGAUAAGCUUACAAAGGUGCUCUUGGCAGACGAGAUUAGAAACAAUGCUGAUAAGUUAGAUAUAUCGAUAGUGACAAAUCUUCAAAAUAAAAUCAAGGAGCUGCACAGCGUUCAAACCUUUUUCAAAAUCAAUAAUCCAAACUUUUUCAAUGAUAUAUCCCAAAAGUUAGCAUUCGAAAUACAAACAACUGUAUUAAGAUUGACUCUUCUCACUGCUGCUAUAAAGAAAGGUUACAACACUUUCGGUGCUAAAACUACUAAUAAUAAAAAACUGAACUGGCAUGUGGGUACUGACGAAGUUGUAUGGGAGUUGUUUGACAAAAAUGAUGGUCCAUUCAUCACAGUUGGGUUAGGCCCCUCUGUGUUUACCAGGUCUGAAUCUCAGGACGGGAUAAAUAGUAACAAAAUAUCGGUGUCUUCCUUUCGAAUGUUUAAUCGGCAAGAGUAUCCCAUUUUCAGGGAAAUGCUGGCGCCUCUCGAUCAGCAUAAUGAUUAUGACAGUCACAAGCCUAUGGUUGAAAUUUCUUGGAUUCAGGGUCUGCCAGUGGGUGGUAUAUCGAAUAUGGAAGAACUAGUUAUUACUAUACAGCCUAUUCUCUUCAAAAUGGACAAUGUUACUUCAGAAGAAAUUAUGAACUACUUAUUUCCAAAGAGAGAGGACUUAGUCUCACACCUCUUAGUAGGGGAGCUAAGUGUUGGUGAACGGGUGGACGAAGUAGAAGUGGAAAGUAUAUCGAGUUCUAAUGAGUCUUACUCAGAUAUUAGGGAUUUAGCUUCGUGGGAUUUGUCAGCUGCUCAUCAUCGACCAGUCUCUUCGAAACGAUUAAAGACAAAGAGAGCCACACGCUCGCCAUCUCAUAACCGUGAUGAGAAUAUUAAUGAAAUGGUUAGAAGAUCAGGUACAUAUUUCAACGUCAAGAGAAUUCACAUCAAAAGAACUACAAUGUCAGUAUCAUACAAGGGGGCUCACAGAGUACUGACUGAUGUGAUGGAUCUUCCUGUCAAAGUUCCAGAUCUGGUGUAUUAUGACAAGGUUUGGUCAAGAGAUGAAUUCUUCAGUGCUCUGAAACGAGAUAUUGUCAGGGUGGUUGUUCAGAACUUGGGGGUUAUUAUUGGCAAUAAAUUUUUGCCACAUAAGAAGGAAGAUAAAUCAGCAGUUACGAGAAAUAUGUCACUAAUACUUGAGGCCGAAACUCGAGGUGCUGAUAUCAAGCCAAAAUCAUUUCUUGAUUCAAACUCCAGCUUCAUGUCUCCGUUGAGCAGGACAACCCCAAAGUCAAUAGAUGACGAAGAAGAAACGACAUCAACAGAAGAUGUUUCGAGUGGCAGUCUUGAAUCUUAUUACCCGAGUUCCUAA